AAUUAACCAUGUUUUUUCUUACUUAUUUAUGUCUGUUAAACUGUACCAGCUAGAGGCAUAUUCCCCUGCUCUCUGAACUCCUUUUUUGAGUCCAAACUUUACCAAUCGUAUUGGGCAUAGUUAGGCAGUUCAAAAUGUGACUGCGCUUCAGCGGUUUUUCUUUUAUGUCAGUCAUUUACGGGCACUCAAUUAGCCAUGUCAGAUAGCAAUGUUUUGACCCAGCUGAAAGAGGCCCACCUGGGGCAGGAACCUGGGGUAGUUGAACAAGGGGGUCUCACAAACGCCUGGCAGGUUAACCUCUCAGAAUAAUGGUCAUAAAACUAAUUGAUAGGUACGGGUUCCUUUAAGUGUCAUCCACCUUUACAUUAUCUGUUCUCACAGCAUCCAGGCAGUACUGUAGGUUUUUACUUAACUGUAAUUCAUUCAUUGUUAAUCAGAUUUAACUGAAUAUAAUGAUCGUUGUGUGGACAUACUAUCCUGUGAUGUAGCCUAGUGCGCACUAUCCGUGUUGACAGUGAUAAGGGCAGAUUAAUUUAGACCAAAUGUGCGUUUAAAGUAAAAUAAUCUGUUAAAGCAAUACGUUUUUGAGAAUAGAUUGCAAAGUUCAAGAACAUCUCGUUGACAGUGAUAAGGGCAGAUUCAUUAGACCACAUGUACGUUUAAAGUAAAAUAAUUUGUAUAGUUAAAGCAAGACGUUUUUGAGUAUAUAUUGCGAAGUACAAGAACAUCUCGUGGAUGACUGUCGCGCAGGUUGUUUCCAUUCGCGCGCCAUGGAACGGCACGCGCACCUUGAACCUGCAGAUUGGAUGGGGGCUGGGUUGCUACAUCGUCCAAUUCGUUUGUAGCUUGUAGCAUCUGUCAAAGGACAACCCUGGUGCUUAUUCAUUCGAGAGCAGAGUCAGAUUUAUCACAUUUGCUCAUACACUACGUUUCAAACAAUACUUCGCAUCUUGGACAAUCUAACUGAUCGCCAUAAAGCAGCACUAAUUUAUCUCGGACACCAGAACACUUUUAAGCCAGGAUGGAAGUAAUGGUGGACACUGCUGAGACCCAGGACCAGGCCGUCUCCAUUGAGUCUCCUCUAGUGUUCCCUUAUCGCUUCACAUCAGACGGGCGCCUGCGUCACCAGGUCACCCAGGAGCCCUUCGUGUUCAGGUUCCAGCGAGGCCGCGACCCGGAAGACACCCAGAGAGAGGACCAGGCGCUGUGUCUCCACAUCACCCAGCAUGUCCACUCCAUCCUGGAGGAGCAGCUCCACCUUUUUAGGCUCUACCUCCCUCCUCCACCAGUCCUCCAACAAGGGGACCAUAGGGCCAACCUCAGACCCCACCAAGGAGCCCCCUGCCUGGGGUAUGUGUACCUGAGCACCAGGGCCCUGGAGAGUCCAGCCACCCUGGUGGUUCUUGUCCAGGACCGGGGCACAGUGCACUGUGGGCUAUGGAGCUGGAGAGCUGCAGCCAGCGAGGGCCUUGAGAAGGGCAGCAUGAUCCCCUAUGUCCGGAAAGCCCUGGAAGAUGGGUGCUCAGUGCUACUGAUGAACCCCAACCAGGGUGGUGUCGGGGAGAUGCCGGAGGAUCAUGCGCAACAUGUGUGGGACGUGAUCGUGUCUCGCUGUAGCUCCAGCCGCGUGGUCAUGGUGGCGCACGGCUAUGGAGGCCUUGUGUUUGUGGACCUGCUGUGCCGACGCCCACAGGAAGUGGUAAAGCAGGUGUGGGCGGUGGCCUUCCUGGACUCCUCCCACAGCCUGUGGCAUCAGCCGUUGGACGCGAUGGGACGGGAGUGGCUGAGGACACACUCCAGGAGGUGGGGCCGGCACGCUGUCACGGCGAGUCGUUCAGAACGUGUUCUCUUUUACAUUCCGUGUCUUGUUUCCAGGUGGGUGUUGAGCUCCAAGCCCCUGAACCAGCCGGUGGGGUCGUUAAAGGCGGGGUGCCUACAGAUGUCAGCAGGCACACAGAGACACGAGGCAGCCCCCUCUGUCUGCAUGGAGUCAGUGUUCAAGUUCUUCUCCAAGAUGCUCAGUCCCAAACCAACCAGCGCCUUCAACAUUGUGACUCGCAGCAGGAGUAGCUUGGGGCAUGUCUGACCAGGCCUUUCUGACAGGGGAUUGGGGUCCUAGCAUGGAGGACACAGGGCAGAUUCACUCCCUCCUUGUUCUUGGUUGAUUUGUUGAAGUCUGAAAUGCGGAAUUCCCCUGACCAGCUGUCCUGGUCAUAAUUGGACAUAACUUAGAAAUUAAAAGGGGAAGGCAGAACACACUUGACCCUUAAUGGAAAGAGUUUGACGCCACUGAUCUUGUGGUUGAUCUUGCAGUUUCACUUUGUGUGUGCGGCCUUACGCAGCAUAUCAGUCUGUGGUCAUACAGAGAAACCCAGGGUAAGAACAGGGAACCACUUAAUAAUGCAAGUACCCACAUCCAGGGGUCAUUGAUGCACUAAAUAAUGAAAAACCACAGCAGACAGUUUAUCACCGUAUUUAGAUAACUGGAGCUGCAGAACCACCAGAGAUGAAGGGAAGCGGUGGAGGGGAAGACCUGUUGGCCAUGUCAAACGUCACCAUGUGUUGAACUGUAGAACAAUGUGGUUGAGGUAUUUGGGGAAACAGUACAGUACACAAUGUAAGUCAAGUGGCUGGAUGUAUGUGGACCUCCCAACAUGAGAAAUAUGUGCAGCACUGCCAAUGGCCUUUUUCAUUUGAAAAUGUGGACACAUUUAUUAGAGGUUUAGCUUUGCCAUAUGUACAUUAUAUAGGCAACCACAGUGUAAACUAACUGUACAU